AUGCGUACCUCCGCCUUCGCUGCUAUUAUCGGCUUUGCCGUCUACGGAUGCCAGGCCAGCGCCGUUCACAUCCCCGGCAACAUCCCCGGCAACCUCCCCGGCAACUGGCCCGAUAACUGGUUCGACAACUGGUUCGGCAGACUCGGCCACUUCCCCGAGAAUCCAUGUGAAUGGGUUGGCGGAACUUGUGACGCAGUCACUCUGGGCUUUUGCAAUGGAAUUAACGAUGCUAGAAUUGAAUUGCCUUGUGGCGGUCGCGGACUGGUUGGUGUUGGCUGCUGCUGGCACGGAGAGCCGAGGGUCUAA